GUCCUACUCGCUUGUGUUAACAGAGUAAGUGGAGGACUCGGAAGCACAGCACUAACCUGUUUCGGAGUUCACCAUGACCUGUCCCUCCACCUCCCGACCUCAAGACGAAGACUUGCAGACUCAAAACCCCAGUCCAACCCAAGAAGAAGAAAACCCACCAGUACCACCAUCACCUCCGAAUGAACAAGUACAAGAACCACAAUCACUGUCUCAAUCCCAAAUUAAAACCCUAGAAAACCCAGAUCCCCAAAAUCAAGAAAACCUAGAACAACAAUCGAACUCCAGUUUUCCCCAAGAGCAGCCAAACCAUGAAGAUCCAUCACAGGUUUUAGAUCAAGAAAACCAAGAAAUUCAAGACCACUUAGAAGAAGAACAGCAACAAUCAGGUAUGUCUCUAUGUCCUCAUCCUCUUAAAAUCGACCCACCGAUCACAGACCUCCAGUGCACCAUCUCUGAUGUCCCUAUGACGUCACCCACCAACGCCUACCGUCGAGCCAACAAGCGUAAGAAAGGUAAAGGUAGCAUCAAGAAACAACAAGCAAUUGAAAAGAAACUCCAAACCCUGUUGGAAAACCUAAAACCCAUUCCUUUUAAACCGUCCAAAACCCUAGAUUUUUCGAAACAUGAAAAACUCCUAAAAGACCUUGGUUUGUGGGACUUUGUUCAUAUUGAAUUUGAUAGAACCAUUCGGGUUGAUUUGAUUGCUCAGUUAAUCGCCACUUAUGAUCCGAAACUGCGGGGUAGUUAUGUGAAUGAAUUUAAAAUCGCUGUCAAUCGGGCCGAUUUAGCGCGGGCAUUUAAACUGCCGGUGAAGAAAGAGAAGGGUGUGAAUGUGUUGGAAGGAGUGGACUUGGAUUUGGAGGCGGUGUCUGAGGAUUCCAUCAAGUUUUUAGAGGAUUUUGUAUCGAAUUGGGUGCUUUUGCACGAGGAUACGUGGAUCAUGCCAUGUGAAGUGUUGAAUUGGACGCGGGUGAUAAAAGAUGGGCAUUUUGAGAAGGUGGAUUGGGCUGGUUUGGUUUGGUUUAUGGUGGAGAAAGAGUUGACACAGGGGGAGCAGUUGGUGGAUUGUUAUUACGCAUCGCAUUUGCAGUAUUUGAUGAAGUCACAGCGGGAGGAGGUGAUGAAAGAGGAGCCUAAGGUGGAGGUCGACUUGGAUGUGGAAGUGAAGGAAGAAGAGGGUGGUGGUACUGAUGGCGAUGUGAAGAUGGGUGCUUCGAAUGAAUUUGAGGUGCAAGAGAAAGACAAUGUAGUAUUGGAGGAACCCAAUAUCGAAUUGACUUUGGGGCAAGAAGUUAUUGAAAAAGAACAAGUUAAGGAUGAAGAGAUGAUGGAUGCUGAGGAAAGCAAGGAGGAGGAGGAAGAACAUGGUUGGCUUUUGGAUGGAAAGAACACUGCAGGUCAGCAUAUUUUGCGGCAUUGUGACUUGGGAGAAAAUUUGGUUAUGGAUAGUCUUGAAGAGAGGAAAGAGGAAGGCAAAGAGGAGGAUGAGGGGAAGGAGGAUGAGGAGGAGGAGGAGGAGGAGGAGGAGGAAGUAGGAGGAGAGGAAGACACAGAGGAUGGAUUUAACAUUGCACCAAAUGAUGAUAGUCUUGAGGGAGAUGGGUUGACGGGUAAUUUACUUCAAGGGAUGGAAGCCACCCACAUUGCUUUUAGUUUGGAAGGGCAAGUUCAUGAUCAGUCUUCAGGACAGUUUCUUGCAUCCAGGGAUGAAACACAUAUGAUUUCAGGCGGUCCUUCGAGUUUUGGUAAUGGUGGUAAGAGAGAGCUUGUGCAUGAGCAUGAUAUGUUACAUCAUUCCCUUCAUGGUAGCAAUAAGAGGUUGAGGACUGAUAGCCUGUGGGACCCUAAACCAUCUGAUUUUGGGAUGUGCAUGCAGCAAAUGGAGAAAUUGAUGGUAAAGUCUAGGUUGAUGUAUGAGGCAAAGGAGCAGGCUUGUGAGGAAUCAAAUAUGAAUCAACAGAUCUUACUUGACGAGCUCCACAAACGGGAUAGUGUGAUUGCACACUUGCAGAAGACCAGUUAUGAAGAGCUGCAGAAAAGGGAUGGAGAAAUACUUCGGCUUGAACGUGAGCUCUAUGUAAUGGGCAAUAUUUUAGAUGGCUUCAGAAAGGCCUUAAAGGCAACUGACAAGGCAUUUGCUGAAUAUAGGCAACGCUGUCAGAUUCCUGAGGAACCGCUUUACAAGGAUGUUGGUCCUGGGGGUUUAAUGUUGAGCAUUGCAGAAAUAGAGAAACAACGGCUGAAGCAUGAAGAAGAAGAAAGAUUGAAUCGUGUAAUGUUGGAACAGAAGGCGAAGGAAGCAGAAGAAGGAUAUGUUCGUGAAUUUGAAGUGUAUCAUAGUAAGGUUGAUAUGCUGAAUACGAGGUUGAUGGGUCUAGAGAAUCAUGUGAAACUGCUCAAAGAAUUGUCUGCAGAUAGCAGAGUUUCAGAAAUGUUGAAAUGUAAUCCAAAAGAUUGA